AUGACUAAUGACGGAGCCAUUAAUCGCUUGCUAUAUGCAAUACUUAGUCAAAAAUGUCUCAAAGAUAUUGAUUGGAAUAAAGUGGCGCGUGAUCCUAUUCUUUCCCAAGAAAUUACCAACGGUCACGCUGCUCGAAUGCGCUACUCUCGAUUCAAGAAACAAAUGGACAAUGCAACAUUAUCGCCCGUUCAUACCAGGAAAAUUGCUACUCCUCGACGUUCUAGGAUCGAGAAGAAAAAAUCCACCAAACGAGAGCCCAAACUCAAAAAUCAGGAGAACAUUCACGAUAGCCCCAACCUUAAUCUUCACAUGAAAUACGAGUCCCAGAACGCUCAUACACCCCUCUACAUGAACACAAGUGACAUGGAGACGAACCAUAGCAGCUUGUUCCCCGCACUAGAAGUCGCCAAGUGCGAACCCGCCACACCCAUCACUCCCCAGUCAAAGAUGAAAACCGAGUCCGACUUCUAUAUCUCUUUCUCCAAUCCAGAAGAGUCCGUCCGUCUCGACACCCCUUUCUCAAUGAACUCACCCGCGUCUCCAAACAGUCUCAAUUUUCCUACCCCCGGUGUUGUUAGUUUCAACAGUUCCAUGAGCAGCACGGGAAGUCUCAACAGCCGUAUGACUAACGCUUCAUUCUUUGGUACGCCUCUUCACGAACAAAUUGGAUACAAGGAGUCCUUUGGAGCCGCGCAUCGAGAUGAGCAGGGAUACUGUUUAGAUCCCUGGGCCCAAAGCGUUAGUGGAUAUGAUACCACCAGCUUCCAGGACAGACACAGGGUACCCAAUAGUCCGGACUGCAGUCCAAUAGUAUGA